CUUGAAGUGGGGGCCUAAGCUUAAACAAUGUUAAUUAAUUAGUAUUAUUAUAAAUGUCAGCAACAAAAGGAACGUCUUUGGACCCUUUUCGAAACUGUAUCGGUCUUUGAAAGACUCUUUAGUUUGACUUUGAGUUGACUGUCUAGUGUCUCUGACCUGACUCUUUUUUUUUUUAGUUUUGUCUAUUUUACGUGUCGGACUUCGACUUCAGGUCUUCUCCUCUAUCGUCGAUAGCUUUUUAGUCUUAAACUUUUACUUUUAGUCUUAACUACUCAAAGCUUAGUACUCUAAGCAGAGGCUUAGUUAUAUACGUAAUUUCACUCGGUACUCGUGUACUUGAACUAUUAUUAGUGGAGUGUACCUACUUCAAGUUGAGACAUCACUUGAUUUUGAGUUAACUUAAUAAAUCAUGGCAAAUGAGGAAACUUCAAACUCAAACAUAACACGACUAACAAGUAAGAUUUACUUUUCUCAUCCUCACUCACUAUCUUAAAUUCAGUCUUAAGGCUCAUCUCUAAAAGAUUCAUAAAGCUUUCCCUUAGCCUUAGUAGUUAGACUCUGCUCUCUCUACUCUCUAUCAAGACUAUGCUUAGGCCUAGGCCUAGUCUAAAAUAUAUAAAUGUGAAUAAUUUAAAGUUAGGUAGAGUCUUUACACAGUAAAGGGUAAAGAUUUAAAAGCUAUACUAUAACUAUAAAAUAGGCCUUCACAUACUGAGAUGAUACUUAUCAUAUUCAUAUACUGAUACUGUUUCAAACUUUUCAUUAAUUUCAUGACUCACUCAAUGUGACACUCACACACAGAAUAACAGCAAUUUCAUCAAAGUUAAUUAUUAUUUAAUCAUUAUUAUUUAUUGAAUCAAUAUCAUGCUUGAUGCAUACUUAUAUUUAAAAAAACUAAGGAUCUCAAACGAAAACCAGCUUUCAGGUUUUAAUUUUUGAAACCCAAAACCGGCUUAAAUUAAAAAAACAGUCUUUUAUUAAUUUUCAACCCUGGUUUUUUAACUAUUUUAUAUGAUAUUUAAACAAAAAGAAGAAAAAAUAUCAAGAUUAUUUUAAAAAGAAAUGGAUAAACCAAUUGUAUGUAUUUUUAUUUCUAUUUAAUAAAUAAAUUCUUUUUAAAAUUAUAGAGAUCUGUAUAAUUCAUAAAAUUGGUAGGAUACUUGCUAAUACUUUGCAUAUCUGAACAUACAGCACUCUGUAUCUAUAUCAGCUGAGACAAAUGUCAAAAACUGAUUGUGGCUGGAUUUUUUUUAUGGGGAAAAAGGGUGGCCUUGUUAUUGCAAGCCUUUAUUGUGGGAUUGGAUAGUAAAAAGUUGUCAGAUUAUAGUUUCCCAUAAUAGUGUGUCUCUCUCCCCCCCACUUCCCAAACAAAAACUACAAUGUAAAGAGAAUGCAUAUUCCGCUCUAUGCCUAUGGAUGGUCCACACACACAAGUUCCAUCUGGCGUACAGCAGUGUAUGAAGGAGUCUUUUGAAGGAUCAUGUCGAUCUGACAUGACUGUUAGGUGCAGUGUGAAUGGCAUUACAAAUAAGGGUCAAGUACUGUGGGUAAAAAUGUGGGAUUUCACCCAAGACGCUUCCAACACUCUCCCUACCACACACACAAAUAUGUACCAUAUUUAUUUCUUAGCAAACAAAAAAGUACAGGAGCGUUGUUACCAUGUGUUCCUCCAGGAAUCAAGCUCUGAUUUUAAAAAUAGCUGGUAUAAAACCAGAUUUAUCGAACUGAAAACUUUCUUUUUUUUUAAUUUUAAAAAGGGUAUCAACAUCCCAAAUCAUAACACAUCCUAUCAAAACUAUUUUGCGACACAGUGUGAGGAGAAGGUAGAAUCAGUUGCUUUGAUUUACUAGCACACAAUGGACAUAGUUGGCACACUCAAUUUUAUUAUGAAACUUUUAACUCUGUACUUUCUUCCCACAUGACAAUACAAGUAAAAUAAAUUAUACCUUUUAAAGAAAAUUUAAUGAAGGUUGAGAAGAAACGUAAAACAAGUUUUGAAGAUUUUGAUUCUGUUCAUUCUGAACUCUGUUAUUGUGUAACUAACUUUGUCUGUUAUUGUUGUUAUCUUUUUUUUUUUUAAGUCAUAAUGCAGAUGACUACAGUUCAUGAACUAGUCAAGUUCUGAACAGUCAUCGGAUCAGAAAUUUUAUUUUUUGGGGAUAUUUUCUUAAAAAAGGUUAUACUGUAGAAAUGUUUUAAAAUAGAUACCGCCCUUAAAUGCCUAUCUUGAAAACACCCCUUGCAUUUUCUAUUUUGAUAAAUUUUAAUUAAAUAUCUUGGGGAGCAGAAUAGAACUAUAUAUAUAUAUGUUAUAUAUAUAUAUAUAUAUUUAUAUAAAUAUAUUUAUACCUACCGGGUAAUUGCUAUUUCAAUUAAGUUAAUUAUGACUUUACUCCAUGUGUGUUAUAAAAUAAUAAUUUUUCAGCAGCAUUAAAUCCAGCAACUUCCUGCUUAUUUUGGAUUAGUAUAUGUUUAUAUUAGUUUUUCUCUUUCCAAAGUUUUUUAUUAAAAAUUUAUUAAGUAUGCUUAGCAGUUAAAUAUGAACAGCUUAUAUCUAAAGAUAUAUUGGUAAUUAAUUAUGCUACUAUACAUAAGCUCAUUCAAACAAACAUUAAUUUAGUAUUAUGCCUGUACUGCUUAUUUUUUACUCGAGACUCAAAAAUUAUGCACUGUUUUAAAACUGGAAUCUAGAAUAAAAGCUCAUGCAGUUUGAAAGUGUUGGUCUUAAAAGUGGAGUCUAAAAUAAUGAGAGUUCAUGCAGUUUGAAAGUUUUGGUUUUAGAAGUUUAUCAUUAGGCAACUUUCUCAUUAAAGUUUACAGACUUACAUUUCUGAUUUCUUAGCAGCCAAUGGUCCAGAUAAGAACCAGACAGGUUGGAAAACUCUGGAGACCCAAGUUGGUGGCCAUCAGUUUGCCCAUGCUAACAAUCAAACCCAAAAGCUUGGUAAUAUAAUGUUUUAGUUAAUUUCACUUGUUUCUGUAUGAAGUAUUUUCAAAUAUUUUUUAUUUAUGUAAUUCUCAUAUCGUUGUUGUUUCUGCAUGAAAAAAAAUUGAAUACCAUAUAAACUUAAAGAUAAUCUGUUGUAAGUUUUAGAACAGAAAAUCAGCAAAAUUAGUGGAUUAAUAAAAAUUUAUUUAAAUUUAUUCUUAAAUAUUUCUUGCUGUUUCCUUAUGUUUGUACAUGCUUUUUCUUGCUUAUUAUCUGUCUAAGAUUAUGAACAAAUCAAUUAAAUAGGCUGGACGUCACAGAAAAUCUAAGAAAGAAAAUAUUGUUGUGUCAGUAAAACAAACUGAAAUGAUUCAUCUUUUUUUUUUUUAAUCAAUUUUAGCCGGCAUGGUGGAUCUUGGCAAUGGACUUGUCUUGAAGUCUCUGCAAAAUCCACCCAGGGGUGCACGAGAACUUGGCUUUUAUCAAAAGGUCUUUGAUCCAGAAUGCACAGAUUCAGACCUGAUUGAGCUGAGGGAGUUUCUUCCAGCUUUUUAUGGCACUCAUGAAAAAUGCGGAGGUAUUUAAUUUAAAAUUAUUAUGUCGGUACUUUAAAAAAAUGAUGAACAGUGUUUGACUUAAAAUUAAAACAUGUGUAGAAACUAUGCUGACAAUUUUUAAUGUUAUUAACUGGAUGGCAAAGGAAAUGCAUACUUGGCCUCUUAUUUUAAGGAGUUUAAAAAAAAUUAAAAUCAAUAAACUGGUGAAGAUAACAGGUAAAAUCAAAAGUUGAAGUUGUGGAACUUCCUGAGUUCAUAAAGUCAUCUGUUGGCAUUUGUUUACAAUUUUUUUAUUAUUAUAAAAUUGAGGUCAUUAUAUACAGCAGACCCUGCGUAAUCAUGUCCAGGGGGUUUUGUAGAGAUACCGAAGUUCAUAUCUGUCCUAGACACUGGACACCACAUGAAACUGUAACAAAAUAAAUCCUUUUUUCCUAUUCACUCUUCAGCUUGGGUGACACAGGGAUUUCGAAGCAGCCAGAUAGGGGUCCUUAACUCAGACCGCCUGGUACCGUUACUUGGGUAGAAAUGGCAACAAUGGAACUAGACAUUGAACAUCUUUUAAGCUAAAAACCGGCCUAUACUUACCAUUAAAAUUCUAAUAACUUUAUGUUCAUUAAAGUUGUUCUUCUUUAAGAUAUCCUUUUGUUUUUCCCUUCCCCCCCACUACAAAUAAGAAAUGUGCUGUGUGCAUAGGAAUUAGUCCAUUUUUGUAAGGUAUAUUUUGACCCCAUCUGUUUUUAGGGGCAGUUUAAAAAGUUUAAGGAUCCUUGGUGUAACAGCAUAACAUUAAGUUUCACUGCAAGAGUUGAUAACUCUCCUACCUAUCUACAGUUCUACUUAUAAGUAGGCCAUGGUCAUUGCAACCUGUUACAGUUACACAGUUAAAUCUGGCACAGUUCAAUCAGGGUUACAAUAUCAUACUAUGGAAAUACAAAGGAAGAUUCAUAAAAAACAUUGAUCAGACAUUAAUGUUUGGAACAAUUUUAUAUAUUAUAUUUUUGGUAUUUAUAGUAGGAGAUAAACUCAUUUUUUAUUUUCUUAUAUAAGAUAGGACAAAGAAAGGGCAAAGCUCGCAGCUCUGUAAGAUUGUAUUAAUCAUUGAGGAAAGGGAUUUUGAGCACAAAUAUUUCCUUUACACUCUCUUUAAAAAAUAUUCAAUCUUGUAACUGGCAACUUGUUGUUUGAAUUUUGUGCUUAUUAAUAAUGCUAAAGAUUUUUAGCCAAAAAGAGUUUUUUUCCUCAAUCUGUCUGUAUCAAUGGCACACUUAUUACUUUAAUAAAACUUUUUAAAGUGAAUUUAUUCAAUACUGCACCUUGAUUCCAGCAGCUGGGUAUGUUUUAAACUAUCUUAGAAUACAACUUCUUGUAGUUAUUUUGUACAUACCCAGUACGUUUUUAUUCUUUGCCACACAUGCCAACCUCCAAGUUCAAAACCCUAAUUCAGAGACUGUGCAGAAAUAUAAAAACCUAGUACAGAGACUAUACAAAAUAUAAAAACCUAGUACACAGAAUGCUUAGAAGUAUAAAACCUUGUUCUGGCUAAUAAGACUUGAGAUGCCAAAAUAAUUGCACAUUAAUUAUUUGGCAUUUAAAUUGGUUAUCAUUUCUUUUCUCAAAAAAAAAAAAAGAAGAAAAAAAAAAGGUAAUCUUUUUCCCCCUUUUUUUAUGAUGUUUGGAAACAUUAUGAAUCUCAAGCAUCAUUUGUCUGUGCUAAUAUUACCACCAAUGAAAAUAUAAGAUAAGAUUUGUUUCAAAUUUCAAUUUGAGUCUGUUUUUACAAAUCAGUUAGCAUUUGAUCAGUUGGCCACACAGUUAGCAUUUGAUCAGUUGACCUCACAGUUAGCAUUUGAUCAGUUGGCCUCACAGUUAGCAUUUGAUCAGUUGGCCUCACAGUUAGCAUUUGAUCAGUUGGCCUCACAGUUAGCAUUUGAUCAGUUGGCCUCACAGUUAGCAUUUGAUCAGUUGGCCUCACAGUUAGCAUUUGAUCAGUUGGCCUCGCAGUUAGCAUUUGAUUAGUUGCCCUCGCAAUUAGCAUUCAAUAAUGUGUGAUAAGAUCAGGAUAAGUUCAUUUGUUUCUUUGUGAAACCAUGUUUUUUUAUGGCUCGUUCCUUAAACAAAUUUUUUAUGGCUAGUUGCUUAAAACGAUUUUAUUUAAAUGUCCGAUGUGAACACGUUUCACGAACUUUAAAAUAAAAAUGCUCCUAUCAACAGUUCAAAUGGCCAGGUAUAUUUAUUUUUUUCAGUGAAGUAUCUGAAACUGGCCAAUCUGACAUAUGGUUUCAAGCAUCCCUGUGUCAUUGACCUUAAAAUGGGUCAGGUGACCUAUGAUCAGGAGGCAUCGCCAGAGAAGAUUGCACAUGAAAUCUCCAAAUAUCCACCACUGAAAAACCUGGGAUUUCAAAUUACUGGCAUGAUGGUAAAUGGAAUUAUAUAUAAACAGUUAUAUUUAUUAGUUUAGAUAUUUCUUGAUUUCAAAGUUGAAAACGUGCUCCGAGCAUAGAAUUGUUAUACAUCUUAUUACCAUAACCAUGAAUGUGUCAUGUUAAAUAUUUAUUUUACUAACUGGAUAGAAACCAUUAGUGCUUUAUUUACUUGAGUAAGCAUAUGCACUCACGCCUAAAGGGCUUUUUCAGUGUUAAAAAUAUUUACCAUAAAUACACAUUCUCUAGCUUACCUUUUUGAAAAUAAAUUUCAGGGAAAUAAGUUGGGUGAUCAGCUUACGACCUGGUCAUAGCAGAUUUUUUUAAUCAUUUUCUCUAGGUUAUUUUGAAUUAAUUAUAGAACACAAUAACCAAAAAAGUAUAUAACUGCAAUCAGUGUAAGGCACAAAGCUCGGUGCGACAUCGAGUUAAAAGUUUGUACUCUUACAAUGCAUUCCAAACUGUUCCACACAACAUAGUGAGAUUGUCAUAUUUUAUAAGAAUGUACCAGUACAGUAGGUGAAACCUAUUUUUUAGAACAUCCAGAGAAACUCUCGUUUUGAAACCCGUUGGUUGAUACCAGCAUCUGACCUAUAUACACCAGUUACUGGUGGGUGGUACCAGCAUCUGACCUAUAUACACCAGUUACCGGUACCAGACUUUCAUCUGCACUUACACUGACUUAUUGUCACUUGCCAUUUAGGCCUUAAUACACACUUGCAAGGACAAAUCUAUCACAUUUUUCUUUCCAAGCAGCAGUCAUAAAAAAAUUAUUUUCUUUUGAACCGUACCACUUACUCUAGCAUAUCAUUUUACUGGGUCGGCUUAUGGGCAGGUUGUACACUCUUGAGGUUUAUCCCUGCCAAAAGAAAGGGGGGGGGGNCGUUAGACAACAGUGGGGUGUGGGUGGGGCUGUGUGUAUGUGUUUGGCUUAUGGGUGAAUGGGCUUUAGAGCUAGUUUAAAAAAAUUGAGGGACCUUUUGAAAAUAUCUGCAACACAUUAAUAAAGCAGCUUUGACAAGUUUUCUUGAAUGUCCGAGAUUGUAGCAUGAAAUACAUUGUGACAUGUCUCUAAUGAACGUUUCAGGUUUAUGAUCCAGUUGUACAAUCUGUUGCUAAAUAUGACAAAGAAUUUAGUAAAAAUCUCACAGAGGAGACCAUUGUUACAGACGGUAAGAUGCACUACUAAUUCACCAGAUAUUGUUGAUAAUAGUAUAAUCAUCAUCAUCAUCAUCAGUGGCGCUACAGCCCAUGUAGGGCCCUGGCCUGCUCCACCACAUCCUUCCAUGUGGAACGAUCCAUGGCCUUCCGCCUCCAUGCACAAACCCCCAACUGGUGUAAAUCUUUCUCUACAUGGUGGAUCCAUCUCAGCCAUGGGUAACCGGUGAGUCCUCUGCCCCUAGGUUUCUGCCUGUAUAUUACUUUUGCUGCUCUACAUUCCGGCAUCCUUUCAAUAUGUCCUGCCCAGCGCAGUCUGCCUUUAUAUAUUGUUGCGACUAUGGGUGGGUCUUUUUACAAUGGAUAUAGCUCUUGAUUUGAAUGGAUUCUCCAGAUAUUAUUUUCUAUCACUGGGCCGCAUAUUUUUCUCUGGAUUUUCCUCUCCCAUGAACUGAGAAGAUUCUCUGCUUCUCUGGUAAGGGUCCAAGUCUCCCUUGCGUAAGUUACUACUGGUCUAUGACAGUGCUGUAUAUUGUCUUCUUUGUUCCCCUUGAGAGUUUUUUUCUCUCCGUAGCUUUUGUAGGCUGAAAUAGGAAUGGUUGCCUGCUGUUAUCCUUUCUUUCACCUCCGACAUUAUUUCAUUGUGCUCGUUUAUAGUUGCCCCUAGAUAUUUUAAUGUUGCCACUCUCUAAAAUUCGUGGUUGUUUAUAUGAAUGAUGUCAUCAGUGGGGAGUUUUGUGACAUUAUCAUAUAUUUUGUCUUCGGCUCAUUUACAUCAAGACCAGCUUUGACUGAGGCAUUCUUAAGUUCCGAUAAUAGUAUAAUAUAAAUAAAUCCCUAAAAUCUUGGAUCUGCAACCAUUUUUGAGUGACGAGACAUUUUAUAAGUAAUAUCUGCUAAGAAAAUAUUUAGUCAACCGCAAGUGGAUUUUUAAAAUGCCAUUGUGGAUAAGUAAAAAAAAAAGAAAAAAUUUAACCUUUCGUAAUGAAAUGAGAUGCAUUAAUUUAUUUAAAGAGCUCCAUUCGGCACCAUAGCCGGAGGUUAUCGACCACUGCACUGUACCAUAAGAUACCUAAUAUCAAAAUCAAUCAAUCAAUACCUGAUACUAUCAGAGGCUUCCAGCAGUAGACACAUUCCUGGUAGCAUAAAACAUAAAAGAAAUAUUAUAAUAUCAGACACACCAUUGAUGCCAUUGGGCAGUUCUGAAAUUAGCCAGACUUCUGUUUCUGUUCAUAUGAUGAUGAUGCCUAAAUUGUAGAAAUUAAUUUUAAGAUUCCAAUUUUAAGAAAAUUAUUGUAGAAAAGUUCUUACUGCUCAUUUAAAAAAUUAUUGCAGAAAAGUUCUUUUUGCUCAUUAAAAAAAGUAUUGCAGAAAAGUUCUUACUGCUCAUUAAAAAAAUUAUUGUAGAAAAGUUCUUUUUGCCCAUUUAAAAAAUAUUGUGUACAUUUUUCAGGACUUGGGUGCUUUUUCAAACCAGGCAACGGGGAAGUAAGAAGGGAUGUAAUUCAGCCAAUCGUCUCUAAACUUCUCAAACUAGAAUCGUGGUUCCUGAGACAGAAGAAGUUCUCUUUCAUCGCCAGCUCUCUGUUCAUGGUGUACGAGGGGUCGAAACUGACUGACCGAAUUCUGAAUUCAUCCAAGUCCAAGAGGCCGCCCAUCCAAAAUGAAGAUGGUUCUAAGGUGCAGAACACAAGUGAGUCUGUCAAUAGGAUCUCUGAGGGGCAAGAUGGUAAAAACUCGGCCAACAGAGGCAGCACGUUGCAGAAACGUUUCAAUCAAGAUGGCAUCCUGGAUGUGUCAAGAGCUAAGAAACCAAGACUCCGUGACGACAUCAUCGGUGAUGCGGCCGAGAAGGUGCUCCCUGACUCCGGCAAAGAUUCGCCUGGGAAAUGUGCGCAAGUUCACCUGAUUGACUUUGCCCAUGCCUUCCCAGCGACAGACAUCGACAAAAAUUUCUUGUUCGGUCUACAGAAACUGAUUUCAAUUCUUCAAGGUUUUCUAAAGUAAUGCCUCAUGUUAGUGCUAGGCUUUCAAAUUUUUAGCCAAGAUCUUUCAGUGCCGGAUUUAGUGAAGCAUUACCCCAGAUCUUUCGCUGACUUUGAAUGAUGUGAAUUUUGCUUCCUCGGAUUUAAAUAUCGUCCAGAUUUUCUAGAAUACAGCCCCUCGAGCUGUUUAUGUCUGUUGUCUUAUAACGAGAGCCGCUCUUACCUCAACAGUAGUUACAGUAUUUAGGCUUUACCUUGGGCCACCAAAGCAUAGAUAACUCUAAAUUGUUUUGUAAUACCAAGUUUUAAGUCUUUUUAGUUUUUAUAAGUACUCAUAAGUAUUUAUCUAAUUUCUGUGACAGAUGACAAUCAAACGAAAAUAUAGUUUGUAAUUGUUUAAAAUUAUCAUUAAUUUUUUUUUCCAUGGAUACAAAGAACAUGAUUGUUUUUACAUUGAUGCAAAUAACAUGAUUGUUGUUACAUUGAUACAAAGAACAUGAUUGUUGUUACAUUGAUACAAAGAACAUGAUUGUUGUUACAUUGAUACAAAGAACAUGAUUGUUGUUACAUUGAUGCAAAGAACAUGAUUGUUUUUACACUGAUGCAAAGAACAUGAUUGUUUUUACACUGAUACAAAGAACAUGAUUGUUUUUACACUGAUACAAA